AACUACUUCGGUGAGACGAGAGCGAGUCUCUGCUGACAUUGCGGGACGAUUUGCUUCAUUCUCGGAAUCCUGUGAAACACCCACUUUGCUGCCUUUUCAACCUGUUUUGGUGGAAGGAGGAUUCAUAUUAUUUCACAUCACGGGAAUAUUAUAUUCUCCUGCGACGACAGUGGAAGACAAUAGAAACCCCUCACUGGGUGGGUUCUUCAAAAUCAAGAAUGAUCGGCGGCCUGUUCAUUUACAACCACAAGGGGGAGGUGCUGAUAUCACGGGUGUAUCGAGAUGACAUUGGACGCAAUGCAGUUGACGCAUUUCGGGUCAAUGUCAUCCACGCAAGACAACAAGUUCGAUCCCCCGUUACAAAUAUUGCUCGAACCUCCUUCUUUCAUGUUAAGAGAGCCAAUAUUUGGGUUGCGGCAGUCACAAAGCAAAAUGUCAACGCCGCAAUGGUUUUUGAAUUUUUGUUAAAAAUCAUUGACUGUAUGCAAUCAUACUUUGGAAAAAUUUCGGAGGAGAAUGUUAAAAACAACUUUGUUCUCAUUUAUGAACUUUUGGAUGAAAUAUUGGACUUUGGCUAUCCCCAAAAUACGGAUUCUGGAGUUUUGAAGACGUUCAUCACACAACAAGGGGUCAAAUCACAAACAAAGGAGGAGCAAGCACAAAUUACAUCACAAGUCACGGGACAAAUUGGCUGGAGGCGUGAGGGGAUCAAAUAUCGAAGGAAUGAACUAUUCCUGGAUGUUUUAGAAUUUUGCAAUCUCUUAAUGUCACCACAAGGUCAAGUGUUAUCUGCUCACGUUGCUGGAAAAGUAGUAAUGAAAUCAUUUUUGUCUGGGAUGCCCGAGUGUAAAUUUGGAAUAAACGAUAAGAUCGUCAUGGACUCGAAAGCUGGGAAAGGGUUAAACACUGAUGAGCAAGUUCGAACCUCUGGGAAGCCUGUCGUGGUUAUCGAUGAUUGCCAAUUCCAUCAAUGCGUCAAACUCUCAAAGUUUGAAACUGAACAUUCCAUUUCAUUCAUUCCACCUGACGGAGAAUUUGAACUCAUGAAGUAUCGUACAACGAAAGACAUUUCUCUUCCUUUCCGAGUAAUUCCACUUGUUCGUGAGGUUGGACGCACUAGAAUGGAAGUGAAAGUGGUUCUCAAAUCCAACUUUAAGCCCUCACUUCUUGGACAAAAAAUAGAAUGCAAAAUUCCAACUCCACUGAAUACGUCUGGCGUGCAGUUGAUCUGCAUGAAGGGAAAAGCCAAGUACAAGGCUUCAGAAAAUGCUAUAGUUUGGAAAAUCAAGCGCAUGGCUGGCAUGAAGGAAACGCAAUUGUCUGCAGAAAUUGAGUUACUUGAAACGGACACCAAGAAAAAGUGGACGCGUCCUCCAAUCUCAUUAAACUUUGAGGUCCCGUUUGCCCCUUCUGGCUUCAAAGUCCGAUAUUUAAAGGUUUUUGAAUCUAAAUUGAACUACUCUGAUCACGAAGUUAUUAAAUGGGUGAGAUAUAUUGGACGAAGUGGAUUGUAUGAAACUAGAUGUUAGAGGAAAACGCAACUAACUACCAAGACAAAUUACACUCCUGUCGCUCUUGUUCUUUAAAAAUCUCAAACUUAUAUUUUACCAAUCAGAAUUUCUUGUUGAAAUUAUAUUUAAAAAAUUGUUAAUAAGUUAUUAGACUUUAUCUUGAAGAAAAAUUAAGAAUGACUCCGGUGAAAAUGUCCAAAUAUCUCUAUCUAUAAUUAUUACAUUUCUUUGGGUGAACCUCGAAUUGUAGAGGGUUGCAAGUUUUUGUUUCUGAACACGACGAUGGCAACAUAUAGAAGUAUGGACCAGGGACAGAAUAACAAAAAUGUUAAUAGAUAUACAUCAACAACAAAUGUACCAGAUCAGAUCUAUUAGUGUACAAUCAAAUGUGCUGAAUUAGUAAAACGACUCACAAUUACACUUGAGAAUUAACAGUA